AUGUUCCCCGAGCAUGAGCGUCGACUGACGCUUUUCGUGACGGUCACUUUCGCGCUCUUCGGCUUUCUCAUCAAGGGUUUCAUGUAUUACCAAACCCUGCUGGAGGCCGAGAAGGUGCUGAACUCGAUGCCCAUGAUUGUGGUUGCGAUCAUCUCUGACAGAGAGCAUCUGGAAAGACGAAAGGCAAUCCGUGAAACGUGGCUUGCCGAUAAAGGCAACAUGAAGGCGUUUUUUGUGCUGGGAGGGAAAUCGUGCAACAUUGACCCCCGUGAUCGAGUCGAUGAGUUCUCAUGCGAAUUUUUCCAUCCAAAUAUUUCCUCCGGUCAUUUCCGAAUCGGGGAGCACGCCGAGUGCACCGACGGAGCCUCGCGCACCGCUAUAGGCUUCAGCUUCCGAAUUCAGUAUCCAGCGAUUCUCCGGAAACUCGGAGCACUGCAGGCUUCACGCGGUGUGAAAGUUCACCUUUUAGACGCUGUAUCGAAAGAGGUUCUCGCAGAAGUGAGCAUAGAGGACGAUGACGAUGUUAUGGAUGGGUAUAGAUAUCAUAAGACCAGACUGGUCCGCUUGAGCAAGGGCUUUGAAGGCAUUCUAAUGCUUACGGGCAAUAUUAGUACUUACUGCGGCGCGACGACGUUUCUGCAACAGGAUUUUAUUGAAUACGAGAGAGUCUACUACGAUCAUAGGGACGAGCACAGUCUACCUUGGGGUCUUGAAACAUUAUCAGGAGUCUCAGCCGAGCUUUCUGUGGAGCGCACCGCCGAACUGUCCGCGUUGAGCGUUCUACGCCGCAGACGUCUGUGGCUAGAGCGCAUCGAGCAACUGGAUCAGUUGAUCCUGAGCGAAAUGAAUAAAUACAGAGACAUUGUCAACGUCAACGUCGUGGAAACUUACCGCAAUUUGCCUCACAAAAUAAGCGAGACCUUCGCGCAUUUCGGCAAGCAGCCGUUGACAUUUCUCGUGAAGGUGGACGAUGACGUCGUUCUCGAUCUCUCCAGGCUCAAGCACAUACUGAGUACGUCCCUCGUGACUAAUAAAGUGAUUUGGGCCAAAACCCGCCGGGCGUUCCCUAUCUCGCUCUACGGUAAAUGGGCGGAGAACGUCGGAUUCCCCUCGCAGGUCUAUCCGGACUUCCCAUGCGGGGCGACCUACGUUCUUUCGAAAGACCUCAUUCAAUACAUAGCCAAAAACAAAGCGAGUCUACACCAUUUCCAGGGUGAGGACGUAUCGGUGGGAACCUGGCUCCUGGGUACGGCACCUCAGUAUUUGGGUGAAGGGCUCUUCUCCUGUAGCGCUCAGGACUGCAAUGGGAACGUGCUCAAUCGCGCCGAAGUUCGAUCUCCAGCUGAAAUGCGGCGCAUUUGGGAUGUUUACAUGAAGAAUAAAACCCUGUGCGCAUGA